CUGCAGCAGCAGCAGCAGCAGCUGCAGCAGCAGCAGCAGCUGCUGCUGCAGCAACUCUACCGCUGCAAAGCAGCAAUUGUUGACGCACUCUCUCAUGUGUCUCCAAAAAAAACAGCACAAAUGAGGGCCUGGGCCCUCGCGGGCUGUUUGGAGACAACCCUAAGGGAGCUCGGCAUCCAGGCCUUCCAGGUCGAAGAAAUCAAAAGCGGCAGCUUCGAGGGUUUCCCCCAACCCACCCUCACAGACGAUGACCAGCCAGCAGCACAAAUUCUGAGGAGGGUUACAGACCCUUUCGGCAGCAGCAAGAGCAGCAGCAGCAGCAAAUACAUCCACUAG